GGCGUGUCGGCUGAAUGAAUGAAUGGGGUAUGUGUGUGAAGGGAAAUGAUUUAGAGCCUGAGGUUGAAGGAGGGAGGGGGAGAAGGAGGGAGCCCCUAAAACUGGAGCCGCUUAAUUCAACAAAUAUUUAUUGGGUGCCGGCGAUGUGCCAAGACUGUCCCAGGGCACUGCGCAUUCAGUGGUGAGCAGGACCAAGUCUCUGCCUUGAGGGCUUAUACUCUAGUGGGAGGAACAGAAAGGGAUACACAAAUAAGCUCAUUUCACAUGGUGCGAGGUGUCGGGAUGAAAAUAAAAGUGUGUCAGGGUAGAGACAGGUUUUGUGGGUCCAGAGGGGUGCCAAGGGAAGGGGACUGGAGGCGUGACCACCCCUUCCUCCCCGGGGGGUGGGGGGGGGGAACUGCCUGCCCGCCUGCCCGCCCCCACAGACACUCAUGGUUCAGUGCCCCCCAGGCCCCCACCUGCCCCCAGCAUCCACCGCGCGGCCAAGCUGGGUGCCCCGGGGAGUCUGGCCGCCAUGCCACCUCCUCUUCUCCUCUUCUUCCUCCUCUUCCUGACCCCUGAGGGAGUCAGGCCCCAGAAAACACUGCUGGUGGAGGCUAAAGAGGGAGGCAAAGCUGAGCUGCCAUGCCUCAAAGGUCCCUCAGAUGGUCCCCCUGAGCAGCAGGCCUGGUUUCAGGGGGCUCAGUCAGAGCUGGACCCAGGUUCACAAGGCCUGGGCAUCCAGAAGGGGCCCCUGGGCCUCCAGCUCCUCAUCUUCAACGUCUCUGACCAGAUGGGGGGCUUCUACGUGUGCCAGCUGGGGCCCCCUUCUGAGCAGGCCUGGCAGUCUGGCUGGACAGUCAGCGUGGAGGGCAGCGGGGAGCUGUUCCGCUGGAAUGCUUCAUACCUAAAUGACCCAGGCUGUGGCCUGGGGAACAGGUCCUCAGAGGGCCCCAAGCCCUCUUCUGGUUACCCCACAAGCUCCCAGCUGUACGUGUGGGCCAAAGGCCACCCUGAGAUCUGGGAGACAGACCCUGAAUGUGCCUCGCCCAGGGGCAGUCUGAACCAGAGCCUCAACCAAGACCUCACCGUGGCCCCUGGCUCCACAUUCUGGCUGCCCUGUGAGGUGCCCCCUGCCUCCGUGGCCAGAGGCCCCAUCUCCUGGACCCUCGUGCGCCCCAAGAAGCAUAACAUCUCAUUGCUGCACUUAAACCUGAGGGAGGAUGCCCCGGUCAGAGAGAUGUGGGUCCUAGACACCCUCAGGGGAGGGGCUGUUCUGUUGCUGCCCCAGGCCACCGCUCGAGACGCUGGCACCUAUCAUUGUUACCAUGGCAACAUGACCAUCGAGAUGCAGCUGAAGGUCACUGCCCAGUCAGUAAGACACUGGCUGCUGGAGGCUGGUGGCUGGAAAGUCCCCGUUGUGCCAUUACUUUAUCUGAUCAUCUGCCUGGGUUCCCUGGUGAGCUUUGUUCAUCUUCGAAGAGCCCUGAUCCUCAGGAAGAAAAGAAAGCGAAUGACCGAUCCCACCAGAAGGUUCUUCAAAGUGACGCCUUCCCCGGGAAGCGGGUCCCAGAAUCAGUACGGGAACGUGCUCUCCCUUCCCACGCCCACCUCUGGGACGGGACGCGCCCUAAGGUGGGCUGCAGGCCUGGGGGCCGCCGUCCAGUCGUACGGAAACCCGCGCAACGACGUACAGGAGGUCGGAGCCGCGGGGCCCCGGAGCCCGCCACCAGCAGGCCCAGAAGAAGAGGAAGGGGAAGCCUAUGAGGAGCCGGACAGUGAGGAGGGCUCCGAGUUCUACGAGAAUGACUCCAACCUCGGGCAGGACCAACUCUCCCAGGAUGGCAGCGGCUAUGAGAACCCUGAGGACGACGCCUUGGGUCCCGGGGAUGAAGACUCCUUCUCCAGCGCAGCCGAGUCUUAUGAGAAUGAGGAUGAAGAGCUGGCUGAGCCAGUCGCCAGGACAGCAGACUUCCUGAGCCCCCAUGGGUCUGCCUGGGAUCCCAGCAGGGAGGCAACCUCUCUUGGGUCCCAGUCCUACGAGGAUAUGAGAGGGAUCCUGUAUGCAGCCCCCCAGCUCCGCUCCCUUCGGGCCCAGCCGGGUCCUAAUCAUGAGGAAGAUGCAGACUCUUAUGAGAAUAUGGACAAUCCCAAUGGGCCAGAACCAGCAUGGGGAGGAGGGGGCCGCAUGGGCACCUGGAACACUAGGUGAUUCCUUCCAGCAGAGGACGGAGAGCUGCAUCCUGGGUACGAAGGGGCCUCUUCCCUCCUGUGAUUUGGCCUGCAUCUGUUUAGCCACCAUUCAUUCAGCAGCUGGGGGUGCCCAGUGAAGAGAAAGCCAUCCAGGAGUUGGCAGUCAUCGCUGACAUGUACUGAGCAUCUCCUGGGGUGCCCGGGUGGCUCAGUUGGUUAAGCGGCAACUUCGGCUCAGGUCGUGAUCUCAUGGUUCCUGAGUUCGAGCCCCGCACUGGGCUCUGAGCUGACAGUUGGAGCCUACUUCAAAUCCUGUCUCCCGCUCUCUCUGACCCUCCCCUGACCACACGCAUGCUCUCUCUCUCAAAAAUAAAUAAACAUAAAAAAAAAUUUACUGAGCAUCUCCUACGUUCCAACACCAGUUAACUAUUUAAUCUUUAAAAGUAUUUUUUUUAACGUUUAUUUAU